UGCCUAGUUAAAUAAAGGUAAAAUAAAUAAACUGCUAUGUGAAUAGUAUUUGUGCUGUGUAUAUACAACAAACACAGGAUGUCGCUGUUGACCAUGAACAUUAUUUCUAGGAGGAGUAAUGCUGGACUAGUCAUGUGAAUACUAAAAAAGGAAUGGAGUUGAAACCAGUAGUGUGUUUUGGGAUGAGAGGAAAAUGCUUGUGCGUCCUGGAUUACUUGGGUUGUAUCAACACGGAUUAGCAGAGCUUGUAUUAUUUUCAUUUUUUCCCUUUUAGUAUAUUUUGGACAAGCGUUUACUUGUACAGCGAUGGGCCUGUGUGACCACAGAAGACGUGUUGGGAUACAAUGUCUUCUGCUGCUUUGUUCAUGGGGAUUGUGUUCCGGACAGUUCGUGUAUUCAGUCUCAGAGGAGGUGGAUAAAGGAACAUUUGUUGGAAAUAUCGCCAAAGACCUAAAUCUUAACGUGAGGGAACUAGAAUCUAGAGAGAUUCAGAUAGUAACCGGAUCCAGACGGAGGUAUUUUGAUAUCGACGUGAAGACUGGCGUUCUUUUUGUCAAUGAGAUAAUUGACAGAGAUGCCAUCUGCCCCAACUCCAUAAAAUGCUCCAUAGAUGUAGAAGCUAUAAUGAAUCAUCCCAUGCGAAUCCAUCGUAUUGAAGUAAACAUUUUGGACAUAAAUGACAACGCGCCAUCAUUUCAAGAGCGCAUUCACGUUAUCAAUAUGACCGAAUAUGCCUCUCCAGGUGAAAGAUUUCCAUUACCACUUGCCGGUGAUGCGGACGUUGGCAGUAAAUCGAUAAAAACCUACAACCUCAGCCCGAAUGAAUACUUCUCUCUGGAUGUACAGAGCGGUGGAGAGCAGAGUGUGACUGCUGAGUUAGUGCUGCAGAAAGCUUUAGACCGAGAGAAACAAGCUGUGAUUAAGCUGGUACUGAUAGCUGUUGACGGAGGAAAACCUCCACGAUCCGGGACUUUAGAGAUAAUAAUUAAUGUGAUAGAUGUGAACGACAACAGCCCGAUUUUCACUAAAUCUCUGUAUAAAGUCCAAGUCUUAGAAAAUGUUACAUUUGGAACUUUAGUUCUAAUCAUCAACGCAACAGACAUAGACGAAGCUGCAAACGGUGAGAUUGAAUACUCAUUCAUUGGUAACAGAGAAAUGGAUCUUCAUAGGCUGUUUGCAGUCAAUCAGCACACAGGUGAAAUAACCAUUAAAGGAGGUUUAGAUCACGAGGAGAACCCUGCGUUUGAAAUCCGUGUACAAGCAAAAGACAAGGGUAAUCCACCAAGGAGUGCCCAUUCAAAAGUCCUAAUUGAAAUACUUGAUAUCAAUGAUAAUACACCCGAGAUAGAAAUAACAUCACUGACCACUGCAGUCAAAGAAGAUGCCGAAAAAGGUACAGCAGUGGCUUCAUUGAGUAUUGGAGACAAAGAUGGGAGUAAAAAUGGACUCAUCAACGCAUUUAUUAUAGGAGAUUUUCCUUUUAAAUUACAGUCGUCGUAUAAGAACUAUUAUUCUUUAGUGGUAGACGGGCCUCUAGACAGAGAGAGUGCCUCUCUUCAUAACGUAACUAUUAAAGCGAUUGAUGAAGGGACCCCACCUCUCUCCAGUACUAGUGUUAUUACUGUACACAUUUCUGAUGUGAAUGACAACGCCCCACUCUUUCCGCAGCCCAUAUUGAACUUUUAUAUAGAGGAGAACAGUCCCGUGGGGGUUCGUGUUGGCAGCGUGACAGCGAAUGACCCGGAUAUCAAUGAAAACUCUCAAUUGACGUAUACACUAUCAAAAAACAAAACAUUCGCCCGUUUGUCAACAUUUCUAAACUUAAAUUCUCUAACUGGUGAAAUAUUCAGCUUACUGUCAUUUAACUUCGAAGAAAUUAAAACAUUCCAGUUCCAAGUUCAGGCUACAGACUCUGGUGUUCCUCCACUAAGCAGCAACGUCACUGUCAACGUUUUUAUCCUGGAUGAGAAUGACAACAGUCCUGUGAUUCUCCCGCCCUAUUCUGACCAAGGCUCCGUUCAUUCUGAGAACAUUCCCUAUUCUGCUGAAGCGGGAUACUUUGUGGCCAAGAUCAGGGUUGUAGACGCCGACUCUGGUUAUAAUGCGCUGCUUUCUUAUCACAUCUCUGAACCAAAGGGGACCAAUCUAUUCAGAAUAGGAACCAACAACGGAGAAAUACGGACUAAGAGACGCAUGAGUGACAAUGACUUAAAAACUCACCCGUUGGUCAUUCUGGUGUCCGAUAAUGGAGAACCUUCCAUGUCUGCGACUGUGUCUAUUGAUGUUGUGGUCGUUGAAAGUACAGAUGACAUGCAGACAACUUUCAGACAACUGCCUGUAAAGGAGGAGAGUUUCUCAGAUUUAAAUCUGUAUCUGCUCGUCGCCAUUGUGUCAGUAUCAGUGAUAUUUCUACUGAGCCUCAUCAGUUUAAUAGUUGUAAAAUGCCACAGGUCAGACGGCAGUUUCAGCAGGUACAGCGCCCCCAUGAUCACCACCCACCCUGACGGGAGCUGGUCUUACUCCAAAUCUACUCAGCAGUAUGACGUGUGUUUCAGCUCUGACACAAUGAAGAGUGACGUAGUAGUUUUCCCCACGCCGUUUUCAUCUGCUGAUGGCGAGCUGAUCAGCAUUAAUGGCGGGGAUACUUUUCAAAGGACAAGAACGCUUCCUAGUAGUGAGAAGGUGAGCUAUUGUUUUCUUUAAUGACCCCCUAUUCUAUUCAAAACCAUGAUUUUAACCUACUGUUAUGGUUGUGUUUUCGUUUUGGAUUUCCCUAUAUUCUAUUUAGGCCUAACUUAAAUUUUCUUGAUUGUUGGCUUAUAUUAGCCUUUUAGGUAAUGAAAUGUGACUUGCCAGUACUAGGAAGUUAUAUGUAUUUAACCCUUGUGCUUUGCUGAAGAAAAAAAUACGUACAUUUUGGUAUGGGUCACAUUGAGCCAGGCACAGUUUAAACACACUCAAGACAGUCAAAGUAAAAACAGACAAAACUUGAUUUUGUCUUGUCAGACCUUUCAGAAAUAAGAAAUACAAGAAUAUUUCAUUUCAAAACUCUAUAUUUAACUAUUUGUUAAACAUAUUUCCUUUCUCACAAACAAGCAUUUUGUGUUUGGAGCUCAUUUUUGAGUGUCUGUGUCAGAGAUCUGCUGCUUCACACUGAGAAAGAGAAGCUUGGGAAUGGUCAUUGUCACCCAAACAUAGUUAUAAUAGUUGAUCCAGAACCAGUAAAAACAAAAUACACUGCUCAAAAAAAUAAAGGGAACGCUUAAACAACACAAUGUAACUCCAA